AAUGUCGUAUUUCUUGUGUGGAACCGUGGUGGCGGUAGUGGUUUGUGCUUUACCCUCAUUUAGCCAGGAGUUGGGGGAACCUAUGGCAACAGGCAUUAUGCUAGGUCGGAUGAUGAGUAAGGUGGGCGUGAUGGUGAGUCAGGUAGUGGAACACCAUCUCUCCGGCUGUCAUCUGGUGAUCAUCACAUCAUCAUGUGACUCACCCGUUACCUCCACCAUACUCAGGGUCGCUGGGACCAGGGUAAUCGUGGCCGUCGAGUCGUUCUUCAUACACGAGCCUCAACCACCAAUGGACAACCCGUUGCAAGACUCCAGUGCAGCCACUCCCCAAUCACCCUCCUGGCAGCAUGUGUCACAAAAACGAUCAUAUGUGGACCCCUUACGUCAGCACCAGACACCUCAGGAUCAGCUCUCAGUGGACAACCUCCUGCAGGGACUGUGGGGAGACUCGAGAACCACCUGCCGGGGACUUAUUCUCGACCUCACCUCCAGCAGGAACACCACGCACCUCGCCCUCAGGUUGGUGGAGAUGUCUGGACUAUGGCGGCUGCCGGAGACGGUGGUGAUAGCCAUAGGUGGGAGGGCAGGGGUGAGGGCCGUGCUGCUCCACCACAGUCUCCGCAACACUGUCCACGCCCUCUACCUCGCCCUCCACCAUGACCUCAACCUCGCCCUCCACCACACCUCCCUCCACGUUCUUCACCACGCCUCCCUACACGCUCCUCUACAAUUAAAUUAUUUAAGCCUCUGGAAGCCCUUUGUCAACUUAGCAUCAACAAACAGUGGCGUGAGGGUGUACAGGCGGUGUCUGUACAGCAACAACGGGGAAGCUGACGUCCAAAUCGUCCACAACUUGAACAUCAACUCACUCGACCUUCCCUGGGAUGACCUCCUCCAAGAAAGAUUUCAAAACUUUAUGGGCCACAAGAUGAGAAUAGUGACAGCAACGGUGGUAUCUCCGUACCUUGACUACCAGCGGGUUAGCGAGGCCCCGGGAACAGCCGUCAUGCUGGUGGACUCCCUUGAUACCCGCCUCAUCUACACCUUCGCUGACAAACUCAACUUCACUUUCGAUGUCCACGAAGCCGUCAACCGCACCUGGGGAGUGGAGAUAAACGGCACCUUCACGGGGUCGAUCGGUCUGCUCCAGCGGGAGGAAAUGGACUUUACCACUCUAACAGCACCGACGGCAAAGCGCACCAAAGUGGUUGAAUUUUUCAUUGCUUAUCCUUCCGACACCUUUACAAUAACCUCCCUCAAGCCAACGCUGCUGCCAAAGUACCUCGCUCUCAUACGUCCAUUUGAAGGUGUCACAAUAGUCUCUCUAGGAAAAGAGAUUGAACCUAUUCCUUCAUCGCAUGUUGAACCACAACACGGCUCCAUGUUCAAGAAUAACGAAUUAGCAGCAAGAGCAACAACAACUAUAUACACCUUGACUCCUCUCAAGGUGUACCUUGAGAGGAGUCAAGGAAAGUUGUGGGUGGCGCUGCUGGUGAGUGUGGUUGGGUGGGGUGUGAUCCUGUGGCUGCUGCAGAGGGCGUGGCAGUGGGUGGCUGGAGGGCGUCCGGUGGCGCUCAACACCACAAUCCUAUACGCCUGGGGCGCUCUCCUUCAGAACUUGCCCUCAGAACCCUCCGCUUCUCUGGCAGGGAAACCAUAA